UUUGACAUAUUCAAAGCACAACUUUCACCUCAAAUUAUUAAUUACUACAACGGAGUUAAUCAAUCUUGCGUUUUUGGUCAGCUCGAGUCUCGUUCCUGCAAAUAUUCCCAUGGCGGCCGUCACCCGCCUUACGAACCGCGCGUCCUUCCUCUCUUCUUCCCUCGCGAGAAGAUAUCUAUCUUCCGACCUCAACUCCCACGCGCCGCCGUACAACUCUACGCCAUUCCGCCUUGUUCCUCCGCGCGAAGAAGAUCAUAAGAACAGCCACGUGCGGUGGGUCUUCCUCGGUUGUCCUGGCGUCGGGAAAGGUACCUACGCUAGCCGCCUAUCUAGUCUCCUUUCUGUUCCUCACAUCGCCACCGGUGAUCUCGUUCGCGAAGAGCUCGCUUCCUCUGGCCCCCUUUCUUCUCAGCUAUCAGAAAUUGUAAAACAAGGUCAAUUGGUGCCAGAUGAAAUUAUUAUAAAUUUAUUGUCAAAGAGACUUGAUUCUGGGGAAGCUAAAGGAAAACUGGGAUUUAUUCUCGAUGGUUUUCCUCGAACAAUAAAGCAAGCAGAAAUAUUGGAAGGGGUGGCUGACAUUGACUUGGUUAUAAAUCUGAGGCUUCGAGAAGAUGUACUGCUUGAGAAAUGCCUAGGUAGGAGGAUUUGCAAUCAGUGUGGUGGAAAUUUUAAUGUUGCUUCCAUUGACAUCAAGGCUAAGAAUGGGAGCCCUGCAGUUGUCAUGGCUCCACUUCUUCCUCCAACGAAUUGUAUGUCAAAGCUCAUUACUCGAUCAGAUGAUACUGAAUCAGUUGUCAAAGAAAGGCUUCGAAUAUACAAUGAAACGAGUCGACCUGUGGAGGAGUUUUACCGUAGUAGAGGAAAAUUAUUGGAGUUUAACCUGCCUGGAGGAAUCCCAGAAUCUUGGCCAAAGUUGCUACAUGCUCUCAAUCUUGAUGAUUAUGAGGAUAAGCACUCUGCUGCAGCUUAAGGAUAGCAUAUAGUAAUAAUAAUAAUGUACCAUAUUUUAUUCUUUGCAUGCAUAUAUUGUAUGCUCGACAUUUUUGUAGGAAAGAGAACCAAAGAAAAAGGAUUUCUCUAUUAGUAUUAUUUUCAACCAAUAAUGAUAUUGGAAGUGUUGUAAUAAUCUGAUAAAACUGAUAGGAUUGGGUCUUCUUUUCUUUUUAAAUAUGGUUAAAUUGGAGGGAUUUCAGUGCUUUUGAAAUCAUUGUGAAGGUGUAUAGUUGCUUGCCAAUAAGCUUGUGCAUCAUAUUGCUGUAUAGUUGUAACUUGAAUGGAAAUAAACUAGUAAUUUAUUUCAUCAUUA